GGGCAUAGUCCUUUCCUCAUUGAUUUUAGGAGAAAAGUCUUCCCCCAUCCCAGCUGAGUUAAAAGGGAAAACAAAGGGAUUUUUUUUUAUUUCCUGGAGUAGACUGCACACACUGACCAUGGCAUCUGAAAAGCCGAUACUUUAUAGCUAUUUCCGAAGUUCCUGCUCCUGGAGAGUGCGAAUUGCACUGGCUCUGAAAGGGAUUUCCUAUGACCUGGUGCCAGUGAACCUCGUGAAGGAUGGAGGACAGCAGUUUUCCGCUGAAUUCAAGGCACUGAAUCCAAUGAAGCAAGUCCCAGCCUUGAAAAUUGAUGGCAUCACCCUUUCUCAGUCGCUAGCUAUAAUUCAUUACCUCGAAGAGACACGGCCUAACCCCAGUCUCCUGCCCCAAGAUCCAAAGAAGAGAGCCCAAGUCAGAAUGAUUGCUGAUCACAUUGUCUCAGGCAUUCAACCACUCCAGAACCUGGGUGUCCUGAAACAAAUAGGGGAGAGAAAAAUGGAAUGGGCUCAGAAUUAUAUUUCAUCUGGCUUUCAAGCACUGGAGCAGAUUCUACAGCACACUGCUGGACGCUACUGUGUGGGGGAUGAAGUUUCCAUGGCUGAUCUGUGCUUGGUGCCUCAGGUUGCCAAUGCUGAAAGAUUCAAAGUGGACAUGGGUCCAUAUCCCACAAUAACCAGAAUAAAUAAAGCUCUCUUGGAGUUAGAGGCCUUCAAAGUAAGCCAUCCAUGCCGGCAGCCAGAUACCCCUGCAGAGCUGCGAGCUUGAAGCCCUUCUACUCAUUAAAUCUAGUCAGCUGGAGUGACAAAGAAGACAACACCUACAGUCUGAGUAGGACUUCAGUGCCAGCAGGAAGCCCUAGUACUAUUGUCUCCCAUUAAUCUGGGUGGGAAGAAGGACAGAGGACUCCAAGGAGCCUGGAUAACUAAGAGGAGUGUGCCUGUGCUGGAAUGCUUACAGCUACUAGUUUUUUCUGUCUAAUCUAUCUCCAUGAAGCAGAUUAAAGCAGAAGCAUCCAUAA